CUUCGCUACAGUGUGCGCUUGGUUUACAGUAACCAUGGCGACCACGGGAAACGCCAACGCCGGUUUAAGUUAACUUCAGAGGAUCAAGUCAAACCGAGGAAGCUCAGUGAAUGAAGUUGAACUAGUUUGUGUCUGUGUGUGUUUCCUUUCCUUCGCCGACAUGGACUCGUCGGUCCUCCUGCCCGCGGAAGCGGAGGCGUUUGUUCAAAGUCUGGGAACUUUCUCUCUGAAGGAAGUGGGCUCGACGAGGUGGUUCAGACAACAUGAGAACAUCGAGAAACUUAACAUACAGGCAAUACUGAACGCUGCCGCCGUGCACAACGAGUUCAUCAAGGAGCUCCUGGUGUCGUAUGGAAAGAUUACUCUUCUGGUCCAUGAGAUGAUCCUCGUCGAAGUGUGGAAGCAGAAAGUGUUCCCAGUCUUGUGUCAGCUGCAGGACUUCAAUCCCAAGAGCACAUUUCAUCUUUACAUGGUGAUCCACCACGAAGCCACGAUAAUAAACCUUCUCGAAACGAUAAUGUUUCAUGAGGAUUCAUGUGAGGCAGCCGACGACUCUCUCCUUGACCUGGUGGAUUACUGCCACCGCAAACUCACCCUGCUGGCUGGCAGAGCCACCAGGGAGGACCCCGCGGCUCACGACCAACACAACCUGACAAGGAAAACAGACGUGUCCUCUAUAGAGGAGCUGCAGGUUCAGAGCGCUGCGCUGGAGUUUGAGAUCUCCCUGAAGGCUGUGUCAGUGCUGCGCUACAUCACAGAUCACGCCAACAAUAUCAGUGUUAUCAGUCGCAUGCUGUGCACCCAUAACUUGCCUUGUGUACUGGUUCAGCUGAUUGACCGCUGCCCUUGGAGCCGCUACAGGGAAGGAGAGGUAGAGAAGUACAUAAACAGCAAAUGGCAGAAGAUUCCUGCGGAGGACCACUUCAAGAUGACAAAACUCGAUGGCCAGGUCUGGAUUGCCCUUUUCAAUCUGCUGCUGAAGGAAGAUUGCCAAAGGAAAUAUGACUUCAACAAUUUCAACAAGAAUCAGCUUCUAAAGCUCCGAGGUUUCUUGACAGAGGUGCUGGUUGAUCAGCUGCCAAACUUGGUGGAGCUGCAGCGUUUCCUGGCUCAUCUCGCAGUUACCGACCCAGCGCCUCCAAAAAAAGAGCUGGUUUUGGAGCAGAUCCCAGAAAUCUGGAACCACAUUGUGAGUGACAACUCUGGGAAGUGGAAGGCAGUAGCAAAGUAUCAAGUGAAAGAAACAUUCAACCCAUCUGAAAAUGACCUGAGACUACAUGCGCAGAGGUUGGCCCAGACGUACAACUUGGAUGUGAUGGAGAGUUUACUCCCCGAUAAGCCAAAGUGUGGAUCCUGUGGGAGAGAGGCUGCGAAGAGAUGCUCUCGAUGUCAGGGCGAAUGGUACUGUCAAAGAGAAUGUCAGGUGAAGCACUGGCCUAAACACAAGAAAGCUUGUCAGCUCAUGGCUGAGGCAACGGAGAAGAUCCAGAGGGACUUGAACAUCAGCAGCUGAAACAGAAACGGUCACAGCACAUGUAUGGCCUCCAAGAUGGGACCCUUGAUGCACAAGAUCAAAAGUUAUAAAUGAGGGAACGUCUUUAUUUUAAUGCCAGAAAAGUUGAUGCAGUUCAUAAAGAAUUUUUCAGUUCCAUUUUGUUUUGAAUGCUGUCAUGUUUUGAUAUUCAGUGUGUGUCGUGGUUACUUCAUCACACCAGCAGCAAAUAAAGUUUAUUUAAUGACCCAACUCUAA